AUGGCUGGGCCUGCGGCUCACCCCUACUGCAGGCCCCUCCCCUCUCCCAGCCACAGCCACCAGCUUGGGGCCCAGCGCUGGGUCGAGCAAGUGGUCCUGGACCCGUGGGCCAGGCCUCUGACUCCCAUCCUGUCUGACAGGCCUUUCCAGAAGCGUCUCUGGACCAUGCUGCUUGUCUCCCUCCUCCCGCUGCUCCUCCUCCUGGUGGUGGAGAGGGCCUGGGCCAGCAGCAGGUCCUUCCAGGUCUUCACGGUCACUGACACCACGCUUACACACUUGGCCAUGCACCGGGUGACUGGAGAGGUCUUUGUGGGUGCAGUGAACCGAGUCUUCAAGCUGGCGCCCAACCUGACGGAGCUCCGAACCCAUGUCACGGGCCCAGUCGAAGACAAUGCCCGCUGCUACCCGCCCCCCAGCAUGAGGGUGUGCGCCCACCGCCUGGCCCCUGUGGACAACGUCAACAAGCUGCUCCUCAUUGACUACACGGCCCGGCGCCUCGUGGCCUGUGGCAGCAUCUGGCAAGGCAUCUGCCAGUUUCUGCGGCUUGAUGACCUGUUCAAGUUGGGCGAGCCACACCGCCGCAAGGAGCACUACCUGUCAGGGGCCCAGGAGCCGGACUCCAUGGCCGGCGUGAUCGUGGAGCAGGGCCAGGGGCCCAGCAAGCUGUUUGUGGGCACCGCCGUCGAUGGCAAGUCCGAGUACUUCCCAACCCUGAGCUCCCGCAAGCUCCUGGGCGACGAGGGCAGCGCCGACAUGUUCAGUCUGGUGUACCAGGACGAGUUUGUCUCCUCCCAGAUCAAGAUCCCCUCUGACACGCUGUCCCUCUACCCUGCCUUCGAUAUCUACUACAUCUAUGGCUUCGUGAGCGCCUCCUUCGUCUACUUCCUGACCCUGCAGCUGGACACCCAGCAGACCCUCCUGGACGCAGCUGGCGAGAAGUUCUUCACCUCCAAGAUUGUGCGCAUGUGCGCGGGGGACUCGGAGUUCUACUCGUACGUCGAGUUCCCCAUCGGCUGCUCCUGGCACGGCAUAGAAUACCGCCUGGUGCAGAGUGCCCACCUGGCCAAGCCGGGCCUGCUUCUGGCACAGGCGCUGGGCGUGCCAGCCGACGAGGACGUCCUCUUCACGAUCUUCUCCCAGGGCCAGAAGAACCGGGCCAGCCCGCCCCGGCAGACUGUCCUCUGCCUCUUCACCCUCAGCAGCAUCAACGCCCACAUCCGCCGCCGCAUCCAGUCCUGUUACCGGGGAGAGGGCACGCUGGCACUGCCCUGGCUCCUCAACAAGGAGCUGCCCUGCAUCAACACCCCCAUGCACAUCAAUGGAAACUUCUGUGGACUGGUGUUGAACCAGCCACUGGGUGGCCUGCAUGUGAUCGAAGGCUUGCCCCUGCUGGCUGACAGCACCGAUGGCAUGGCCAGUGUGGCCGCGUACACCUACCACCAGCACUCAGUGGUCUUCAUUGGGACACGCAGCGGAAGUUUGAAGAAGGUACGGGUUGACGGUUCUCACGAUGCCCACCUAUAUGAGACGGUCCCCGUGGUGGAGGGCAGCCCGAUCCUCCGAGAUCUGCUCUUCAGCCCUGACCACCAGUACAUCUACCUCCUGAGUGAGAAGCAGGUGAGCCAGCUCCCGGUGGAGACCUGUGAGCAGUACCCGAGCUGUACGACCUGCCUGGGCUCUGGGGACCCGCACUGCGGCUGGUGCGUGCUGCAGAACAGGUGCUGCCGAGAAGGGGCCUGUCCAGGAGCCUCUGCCCCAUAUGGCUUUGCUGUGGAAUUGAGCAAGUGUGUCCAGGUGCGAGUUCGGCCCAACAACGUGUCGGUGACAUCACUGGGGGUGCAGCUGACUGUAGCCAUGCACAACGUGCCAGACCUCAGUGCGGGUGUCAGCUGUGCCUUUGAGGAGGUGACUGAGAGCCAAGCCCUCCUGCUGCCCUCAGGCGAGCUGCGAUGCCCCUCACCCUCCCUCCAGGAGCUGCGGGCGCUCACUCGAGGGCAUGGGGCCUCCCGCACUGUGAGGCUGCAGCUGCUGUCCAAGGAGACCGGCGUGCGCUUUGCCGGGGCCGAUCUUGUCUUCUACAACUGCAGUGUCCUCCAGUCGUGUAUGUCCUGCGUCGGCAACCCUUACCCUUGCCACUGGUGUAAGUACCGCCACGUGUGCACCAGCCGCCCCCACGAGUGUGCCUUUCCGGAGGACUGGGUCCGCAGCACCGAGGACUGCCCAGAGAUUCUGUCCAGCGGGGACCUCCUGAUCCCGGUUGGCGUCAUGCAGCCUCUCACACUGCGGGCCAAGAACCUGCCGCAGCCUCAGUUGGGCCAGAAGAACUACGAGUGCGUGGUCCGUGUGCAGGGCCGCCAGCAGCGCGUGUCCGCCACCCUCUUCAACAGCAGCAGUGUGCAAUGUCACAAUGCCUCGUACUCCUAUGAUGGUGACGAGCAGGGUCACGUGGAGCUGGACUUCUCUGUGGUCUGGGACGGGGAUUUCCCCAUCGACAAGCCUUCCAGCUUUCGAGCCCUCCUGUAUAAGUGCUGGGCGCAGCGGUCCAGCUGCGGCCUCUGCCUCAAGGCCGAUCCGCGCUUCAACUGUGGCUGGUGCAUCUCUGAACACAAGUGCCAGCUGCGCGCCCACUGCCCAGCGCCCAAAACCAACUGGAUGCACACAAGCCAGAAGAGCCCUCGCUGUAGUCACCCGCGUGUCACACAGGUCCACCCACUCAUGGGUCCCAAGGAAGGGGGCACCCGAGUCACCAUCGUGGGUGAGAACCUGGGCCUCACGUCAAAGGAGCUGGGUCUGCGGGUAGCUGGCGUGCGCUGCAACGCCAUCCCUGCUGAAUAUGUCAGCGCUGAGAGGAUUGUGUGUGAGAUGGAGGAGUCGCUGGUCCCCAGCCCACCCCCGGGGCCCGUGGAGCUGUGUGUCGGAGACUGCUCAGCUGAUUACCGCACGCAGUCAGAGCAGCUCUACACCUUCGUGACGCCGACCUUCCACCGAGUAAGCCCAAGCCGGGGUCCGGCAGCCGGGGGCACACGGCUCACCAUCUCAGGCAGCUUUCUGAAUGCUGGCAGCAAGGUCACGGUGACUGUACGAGAUGGCGAGUGCCAGUUUGUGAGGAGAGACCGGGAGUCCAUUGUCUGUAUCUCACCGGGCUCCACCCUGGGCCCCAGCCAAGCCUUCAUCACGCUCACCAUUGACCGGGCCAACAUCUCCAGUCUUGGGGUAAUUUACACCUACACUCAGGACCCCACUGUAACUCGCCUGGAGCCCACCUGGAGCAUCAUCAAUGGCAGCACUGCCAUCACUGUGAGCGGGACUCACCUGCUAACAGUCCAGGAACCUCGAGUUCGGGCCAAAUACCGAGGCAUUGAGACGACCAAUACGUGCCAAGUGAUCAAUGACACGGCCAUGCUGUGUAAGGCCCCUGGGAUCUUCCUGGGCCGACCCCAGCCACGGGCUCAAGGGGAGCAUCCCGACGAGUUCGGCUUCCUGCUGGACCAUGUGCAGACCGCCCGCUCCCUCAACCGCUCCACCUUCACCUACUACCCCGAUCCCAGCUUUGAGCCACUUGGGCCCUCUGGUGUCUUGGAUGUCAAACCUGGCUCCCACGUGGUGCUAAAGGGCAAGAACUUGAUCCCUGCAGCCACAGGCAGCUCCCGCCUCAACUACACCGUGCUGAUUGGGGGCCAGCCCUGUGCACUGACAGUCUCAGACACGCAGCUCCUAUGCGACUCGCCCAGCCAGACGGGCCGGCAGCCGGUCAUGGUGUUGGUGGGCGGCUUGGAGUUCUGGCUAGGCACGCUGCAUAUCACGGCCGAGCGGGCGCUGACCAUGCCGGCCGCGGUGGGCCUGGCCACGGGGGGCGGGCUCCUGCUGCUGGUCAUCGCCGCCGUGCUGGUAGCCUACAAGCGCAAGACUCAGGACGCUGACCGCACCCUCAAGCGGCUGCAGCUGCAGAUGGACAACCUGGAGUCUCGUGUGGCCCUGGAGUGCAAGGAAGCCUUCGCUGAGCUGCAGACGGACAUCAACGAGCUAACGAACCACAUGGACGGGGUGCAGAUCCCCUUUCUGGACUACCGCACCUACGCCGUUCGCGUGCUCUUCCCGGGCAUCGAGGCCCACCCGGUGCUCAAGGAGCUGGACACGCCCCCCAAUGUCGAGAAGGCCCUGCGCCUCUUUGGACAGCUGCUGCACAGCCGCGCCUUCGUGCUGACCUUCAUCCACACUCUGGAGGCCCAGAGCAGCUUCUCCAUGCGCGACCGUGGCACUGUGGCCUCGCUCACCAUGGUGGCCCUUCAGAGCCGGCUCGACUACGCCACUGGGCUGCUCAAGCAACUGCUGGCGGACCUCAUUGAGAAAAACCUCGAGAGCAAGAACCACCCAAAGCUGCUACUGCGCAGGACGGAGUCAGUGGCAGAAAAGAUGCUCACCAACUGGUUCACGUUCCUGCUGCAUAAAUUUUUGAAGGAGUGCGCCGGAGAGCCGCUCUUUUUGCUCUACUGCGCCAUCAAGCAGCAGAUGGAGAAGGGCCCCAUCGACGCCAUCACAGGCGAGGCUCGCUACUCCCUGAGUGAGGACAAGCUCAUCCGGCAGCAGAUCGACUACAAGACGCUGACCCUACACUGCGUGUGCCCAGAGAGUGAAGGCAGCACCCAGGUUCCUGUGAAGGUUCUUAACUGUGACAGCAUCACCCAGGCCAAAGACAAGCUGCUAGACACCAUGUACAAGGGUGUUCCCUAUUCCCAGCGCCCCAAAGCCGAGGACAUGGACCUGGAAUGGCGCCAGGGCCGCAUGGCCCGCAUCAUUCUCCAGGAUGAAGAUGUUACCACCAAGAUUGAGUGUGACUGGAAGAGGGUCAACUCGCUGGCUCACUACCAGGUGACAGAUGGUUCCUUGGUGGCACUGGUGCCUAAACAAGUCUCUGCCUAUAACAUGGCCAAUUCUUUCACCUUCACCCGCUCUCUCAGCCGCUAUGAGAGCUUGCUGCGCACGGCCAGCAGCCCCGACAGCCUGCGCUCGAGGGCACCUAUGAUCACGCCCGACCAGGAGACGGGCACCAAGCUAUGGCACCUGGUGAAGAACCAUGACCACCUGGACCAGCGUGAGGGUGAUCGUGGGAGCAAGAUGGUCUCGGAGAUCUACCUCACGCGACUGCUGGCCACCAAGGGCACUCUGCAGAAGUUUGUGGACGACCUCUUUGAGACCGUGUUCAGCACAGCCCACCGCGGCUCUGCGCUCCCGCUGGCCAUCAAGUACAUGUUUGACUUCCUGGACGAGCAGGCUGACCAGCGGCAGAUCAGUGACCCUGAUGUGCGGCACACCUGGAAGAGCAACUGUCUGCCACUGCGCUUCUGGGUGAACGUCAUCAAGAACCCACAGUUUGUCUUCGACAUCCACAAGAACAGCAUUACGGAUGCCUGUCUGUCAGUGGUGGCCCAGACCUUCAUGGACUCCUGCUCCACGUCCGAGCACCGCCUGGGCAAGGACUCGCCCUCCAACAAGCUGCUAUAUGCCAAGGACAUUCCCAGCUACAAGAGCUGGGUGGAGAGGUACUACCGGGACAUUGCAAAGAUGGCAUCCAUCAGCGACCAGGACAUGGAUGCCUACCUGGCCGAGCAGUCCCGCCUGCAUGCAAGCGACUUCAAUGUUCUGAGUGCGCUCAGUGAGCUGUACUUUUAUGUCACCAAGUACCGUCAGGAGAUCCUGAGUGCCCUGGACCGGGAUGCCUCUUGUCGGAAGCACAAGUUGCGCCAGAAGCUGGAACAGAUCAUCAGCCUUGUGUCCAACAACAGCUGA